AGAGGGCUCGUGGGUGAGGUCAGCAGAUGGGGGCGUGGUCAGACAAUAGGGGUGAGGCCGGGGCUCGCGGAGUUCAUCCAACGCUCCAGGUGUCCGGCCUGGGCUCGAGACCAAAACUGUUUGGACUUAACAGUCCGUGGAUGGCCGGAGUCUGAGAGUCCGGUGAUCGGGCUGUGGUGUAGCGUAAAGGCGGGGCCCAGAAGAAGGGGCAGGGCGUGGGAGAAGCCUCCUGGCCAGCCCCGCAAUGUGGCAUCCGCUGGUCCUGCUGCUGCUGCUCCCCUCUGCCCCCGUGCCCCCCUCCACUGCAGCCCCCAUCCGCGAUGCUGACUCCCUGGAGAGCUCCUCGGGUUUUCUGGGCCUCCAGAGCCUUCUGCAAGGCUUCACCCGGCUUUUCCUGAAAGAUGACCUGCUGCGGGGUGUGGACAGCUUCUUCUCUGCCCCCAUGGACUUCCGGGGCCUCCCCAGGAACUACCACCAAGAGGAGAAACAGGAUCGCCGGCUCGGGAACAACACUCUCUCCAGCCACCUCCAGAUCGACAAGGUGACCGACAACAACACAGGAGAAGUGCUGAUCUCCGAGAAGGUGGUAGCAUCCAUCAAACCGGCAGAGGGGAUCUUGGAGGGUGACCUGAAGGCACACAAGAUAGAGGAGAAGGAGGCCGUGGUGCCUGUCCCGAAGGCCCUGGACACCUUCCGCCAGGAACCCCGUCCCCGAGUGGCCUUCUGGAUCCUGAAGCUGCCACGGCGGAGGUCCCGUCAGGAUGCCCAGGAGGGCAGCCGCUGGCUCAGCGAGAAGCGACACCGUUUGCAGGCCAUCCGGGAUGGGCUCCGCGAGGGGACCCGGGAGGACGGCCCGGAAGAGGGGACCCAGAGUUCCUCCCACUUCAAGCUGCCCCCUCGCAAGACCCACUUCCUGUACAUCCUCAGGCCCUCCCAGCAGCUAUAGGGGUAGGGGCCGGGGAACACCUGCAUGCACCCCCCGCAACAGACCCCACCCCAAGCACCAUAUGGAAAUAAAGUUUUUUUCUUACAUCUA